AUGGUGUUGGGCGCAACCAACGGACAGAUCUCUGAGAAGUACACCACCCAACUGACGCCUGCAGGCUUCACCUUCAGCAUAUGGGGCCCCAUUUUCCUGCUGCAGGGGGUUGGCACUUGCGGCUUUCUCACAGGGAAGUGGUCCGACGAGUUGGUGAGGACGGUGUUCCCCUGCUGGUUCGCCGCCUGGGCAUGUCAGAACGGCUGGCAGGCCCUCUUCGUCGGCUUGCCCUUGGAGAACGCGAAGCCAAGGAGCAAGGUCUUCUGGACACAGGUCCGUUGCGGCUUCCUGCUGCUCGCGGCUUACAUCAGCAUGACGGUCACGGGGCAUCGGCUGCAACAACUGGACUCAGCUGGCAUGGGCCGUACCGCCCUGGUGGACUUCCCUUCUGGCUUGAACGCUGGCUGGUUGAGCGCUGCUAGCGGCAUUGGCUUGUCCUUGGUCCUGGAGUAUUGGCCCUCAGGGAGCCUGGUGUCGGUGCCGCGGUCCGCGGCUUUACUGUCGCUGGUUUGCUGCCUGGGCGCCGGCGCCACUAUGGCGUGGGGCGGCUCCAAUGCGCCGGGCUUCGGGGUGGGCUACUCCGCCGCCGUGAUGUGGGCCUGCUACGGGCUCACCAAGAAGGACACGGCCCCUCCUGGGGUGAAGAAGGCCGCCCGCGGCGGCAUGGCUCUGUCCCUCCUGGCCGGCGCCGCCAGCCUCCUGCGCUGCCAGCGGUGCAAAGAGCGUCCGGAAGCCGUGGCUGGUCCCAAAGGCGACUUCCUCCUGCGGCUCACCGAGAACGCUGCGCUGUCUGUGGGCAAAGACAGCCAGCUGGGAUGUUGGCCUCUGCUUUGGCAGCGGCUUUCAGAGAUCGUUCGGAACCACGGGAGCCGCUGGGACUCGCAGACCCUGGAGGUGCGGGAAGAGACGUUUGAGGAGACGGAGGUGUUGGGACUGCUCCUGGGCCAGCUGAAGCCCCUGCUGAGUCGAAACUGGGACUCCGGCUUCGAGGAAAGAGGCCUUGGCUUUUUCAAUGAAGCGGGGCAGUUUGUGAACCUCCGCAAGAUGAAGCACUUCAUCGCUGAGCUCCUGAAGUGGCGAGGUCGGCGCCAAGAGCUCGUGCAGCAGCAGGUGCUGGAGGCCAGCGCCGUGGACGUGGCCUUGGAGCCGCGGCUGGCGCUGUGCAGCAGCCAGAGGCACAACGACUUGGUUCUUUGCCUGGCGGGGCCCGGGCCCAUGACGCCGCGCCCCACCAAGGCCCGUCUGAGCCGUGAGAGCGCCUCCAGUGGCACCAGCGGCACCGAGGCGAGCGCUGUCAGCCCACAAGAGGAAGCGUCUACGCCCAAGGCAGGACGCCAAGACUUGGAGAAGGAGGGGCAGCGCUUGCGCAUCGAGAAUGCCGAACUGAAGAAGCGUUUACAGUUCGGCUCCGAGUUUUUGAAGCAGGAGAACCGGCGCCUGAGGGUGGAGAACGCCGAGCUCAAGAAGCGGCUCUACUUUGGGCCUUAUGCGCAGGGCGCCUCUGCCAGCUCUGUGCCCAUCUGGGUGCAAGUCCCCGUCAUGACGGGCUGCGCCGCAUCGCCCAGCAGGAGCGCCAUGUCUGUGGGCUGCGGCUCGGAGCAGGGCUCCACGGCGGGUUCCAACUCCGCGGGCUCCGUGACGCCCAUCCCGCAGCGAUUCUGGGUGCCACUUCCCAGCCACGUCAUGAGCCCGACCGGGCAGCCGUGGCCGGCCAACGUGGGCCAGCUGGUGGCGGUCCAGAUUCCACAGAGCGCCUGCGGGAGCCAGUCCACAUUUUCCGAGGAGUUCCAGCCUCGCAACACCUUGUCGGAUACCUCCGCCUCACAGGUCUCUUCCGCUGCAUCCCCUGACUGCCAGUCUCAGAGCUUCGGGGUGCCGUUGCAGGGCACCGAUGAUCGGUGGGUGUGCAUACCUUCUGGCAUCGUCGAGCGGCACAAGGCGCAGUUUGAAACCCACGCGGAGGCCCAUGAGGGUGCAGACGCGAUGCCUUCUCAGGAGGCCAGGACCUGA